AUGCAACAGUUGAGAAGUAGCCAUUUUCAAUUAGGGCAGACUAAUCAAAGUAAAAUCUUUAUAACAAUUUAUUUAGAAAAUCAAUUCACAUCUAUUAUGAAAAUGAAUUAUCAAGGAGAUUAGACAAAUAAUCAAGAAUUUGGUGUUGGUGAUAAGUUAAAUUUAAAAGGAGUUCAUUUUUAAUUAGGAGAAUCCAAACGUAAAAUUAAUAUCAUAUAAUAUUAUAUAGCAUCAUAUAAUACAAUAUCUAAAACUGAUUAUUAAGGUAAAUAAAUAGGAGAACCUGCGACAUUAAAUUAAGAAAAAAAAAAUGAUUUACGAACUAAUCAUUUUGUAUUAGGUCAUCAAAAUGUUUAAUAAGUUUCUGUAACUAGAGCAACUUAUAAUGAAAAACCAUUACAACCAGGUUUAUAAAAUGAAUAAGAUGGUAUGAUAAUAUUCUAAAAAUAAGUUUAAAAAAAUAAGAUGAGAUCACAUCAUCAUAAUUUCGCAGAAACAACUCAUAAAAUGAUGUAGACAAAUUAUAAUGAAUAAUAUUAACCUUAAUAAUUUGAAAUAAAAUAAGAUUUGGCUGAAAAAGCAAGAUAAUUAAGAGUUUCAAAUAUUUUCUUAGGGAAAGAGGUGUAAUAAUAUAAACAAAAUUAUUAGAAACUACCAAUGAUAACAGCACAAUAAGAAUUUCAUAAUCUAAAAGAAGGAGGACCUUAAGCAUCUUAUAAACCAGGAUUUUAAUUAACACAUGUUAAUUUAGGAACAGCUAAUCCAGACUAUUAAACUAUUAAUUAAGAAUAUUUUUAAAGAUAAGAAAUAACUAAAGUUUCUUUAGCUGAGGAGAAUAAAUAAAAUUUGAGAGGUAAACAAUCAAAUUAUAAUAUAUAGCAUCUCAUUUUAUCUUAGGAAAAGAUAAUCAACCUUAUUCAUCAGAAACUAUGGCUAAUUUUAGACGAUAUUCAGAAGAUAAAGUCAAAUUUAGUAGUAACACACCAGCUUUAUAAGGAAGUCAUUUUACAAUAGGUGAUCCAAAAUUCAUGAAUCAUAAAACUUAAACUUAUUAUACAAGUACAAUGAAAGCUCCAUAAUAAUUAUCAAAUUCUCUAGCUCCAAAUUAGUAGAAAGAUAGAGGUUCCAAUUUUAAAGUUGGAACUGAAAAUAUAUAUUAUAAUUCAGAAAUGCAAUCUAAGUAUAUUAAAUUUAACUUUAUUUUCAAGUUUUAAAAAUACAUUCGGAUAACCUGCUUAAUUAUCAGAUAAAGUAUUGAAAGAUUUAAGAUCUUCACAUUUUGGAUUAAAUGAUAAUAGUGGCAAAAAUACAUUUGUGACAACUAAAUAAAUGGAAGCACUUAAUUAAUUACAAGGAUAUCCUAAUAAAUUAGAUCCAAUUACUAGUGCUAAUUUGAAGUAUUCUCUAUCUUAUUAUAUUAUAGAUCACAUCAUUUUACAUUAGGAUAAAAUAGAGAAGAUUUUAUAUCAUAAACUCAUAAUAUUCAUAGACCUUUGGAUGGUAAACCAAAUGUUUUAAAUUUACAGUAAGCUAACAAUUUAAGAAAAAAUCAUUUUGAAUUGUCAUGA